AUGUCGUGUUUUACUGAUUUUGAAAAUAUGGACGACGAAAUUAAAGAACUUUUCAAAAACUACAAAAACAAAAGAGCUACAAUAUACGAACCAUGUACAAACAAUAAUUUCAAGGAGUGUUUAAUCGGACUUUCAGAGGAACUAGGACUUCUCAAUAUUAGUUAUGUAUUCAACCCUCAUAUCAACAUUGAAGGGGAAACCUUAAGCUCAGAUGCCUUAAUAAAACUGAUAAACGCUGUAUGGACACUGUUGCAUCAUUAUAAAAAUAUUUCAGAAAAAUGCGAAGCUUUACAGGAACAAAACUAUAUUCUGGAACAUAGUAACAAACAAUUAAAUGGGUCCAUGGGUAAAUUAAAAAAUAAACUGAGCACAGAGAAAAAUGAGUCCCGAGCUUGUGUUGCAUCUGCUCAAAGGGUUUCUGACCAAUCAAAUGAAGUGUAUCAGAAGUUAAUUGACACUCGUGCAAAAUUAAACCAUGUGGUCAAACAAAAGGAGGCAAAUGAGAAGUCAUUACAAAAUAAGAUAGCAAGGUUGAGACUGGAGAAUGAAAAGUUAACCGACAAACUUAGGGGUAAACCAGGUGGAUACACACCAUGUGCAGAUGUCUGUGAUGCAACCGUCAGACAGCUAAAGGAGAAGGAGAAGAAGUACAAGUCAAUUAUAUCUCAAUUGCAGGCCAAUAAUCAAGAACUGUUAAACGAAGUUAUAUCUAUGAAGGAAGAUCUCAUUUUGUCUGGUUUAAAAAAUAUUUAG